GAAACCAAGGUCACAAGUCAUGUGACCGUAUGUCCACUCUUGUCACGUGACUCCGUGUUGACGGAAAUGCUGCAGGAAUGGCAAGAAACGAAGAGAAGCAGUUUGGAAGACUGAAUCGACUGUGGCUCCAGAAAGAGAGAGAAGAGGGUCGCAUUAAAGAUGUCAACGUGUCACGGCCAAAGCUUGCAACGUUAAAUUCAGUGGCAGCAGUGACGAAGUGGAUGCCGAGCAUUAAGAAGGAGAUAGAGUACUAUCUGCAGCAGUCGCAGUUAUCUCACUACCCAGAGAGGAAGAUAGACGAGUUCCGUCUCCAUAUUGAAGAACUCGAGAGAGAAUACAAGCGCUACCUGAAGAAACUGCGCUCCAUAGACCCUUCCUGCAAACACAAGCCUUGGGAACCUCGAGCAUACACCAAGAGGAGGCAGGAGCCAAGCCAUCAACACACCUCCAAAAAGCCGUGCCUCCAGGGCCCGAGCAGAGGAGAAAGGGGUGUUAAUGAGGACACCAACCCCGAAGCAGCAGGAAACCACACAUCUCUCACUAAUAUGCAAGAGCUUCCCACCCCGUCAGCUCCUGUUACCACCCAAGCCUUUGAUCCCCCGGCCCAGGACCUCCCGCUGUGCUUCGAUCGGGCCCGGCUCGCGGUGGCAGUGGCAGGUUCGCGGGUGGCUCUCGCCGGGCAGCAGCAGGACACCGGCACACUGACACGAGUGCUGCUCUCCGGCCUGCCCAACCUCCACAGCCUCCCGCUAGCACAGGCAGCAGCAAAAGAAGGAACACGGUGGCCUUCCAAUGCUGAGACAAAAACCGAGCAUUUACUGGGACUCGGCUGCUACUCGUCGUCCUCUGACGAGGAAGUAUAGCUCAGUGAAAUUUCAUCACGCUCAUUUGAUGAUGAAACAUGCGUAGUUUUUAUAUCAUU